CCCGGCGUCUCCAUCCUUAAAACGGGGAUCCAUUUGUCCGUUCAAUCAUCAGACCCGUACUGUGUGCCCGCUACGGGCCAGGCGUGGUGGUGAGGCGUUAGCGUCUGUGAUGUCUGACGCUUACGGCAUCAGAGAGAUACGAUUACGCCUGGGUGUGCACCCGGCGCUGUUUCUAAGGAGCACGCUCCAUGCAGUUCCAGCCACCGCAGCGGGCGUCAUGGCCGUGGACGUGGCCGAACACCACCUGAGCGGUGAGUCCCAGCAGCAAGCAUGCCACCCCCAGGACCCUCCCGCCAGGCCCGGGGUGCAGGGAGCAGUGGGACCCCCAUCAUGGCCCUGUAUUACUGUCAUCAAGAGCCCACCGGACUGGGAGGUGGGCGUCUACGCCGCGGGGGCCCUGGCGCUGCUGGGCAUCACGGCCGUGAGCCUGUGGAAGCUCUGGACAUCCGGUAGCUUCCCCAGCCCCUCCCCAUUCCCCAACUACAACUACAGGUACCUGCAGCAGAAGUACGGCGAGACCUCCGCAGAGGCCAGGCAGAAGAGAGCGCCUGCCUGGGGUGCCCAGCGGGCCAGCCCUCGGGGACCACCCAGUCGCAAAGGCAGCCUCAGCAUGGAGGACACCUUCGAGAGCAUCAGCGAGCUGGGGCCGCUGGAGCUGAUGGGCCGGGAGCUGGACCUGGCCCCCUACGGGACCCUCCGCAAGUCCCAGUCUGUGGACUCCGUCAACUCCAUCUCCUCCGUGAGCAACACCUUCGGGCUGGACUUCACGCUGGGCCAGGUGGAGGUGGGCAUGGACUACGACGCCGCCUCGCACGCCCUGCACGUGGCCGUGCUGCAGGGGAAGGACCUCCUGGAGCGGGAGGAGACCAGCUUCGAGUCCUGCUUCAUGCGCAUCAGCCUGCUGCCCGAGGAGCAGAUCGUGGGCAUCUCCCGGAUCCAGAGGAACGCCUACUCCACCAUCUUCUUCGACGAGAAGUUCUCCGUCCCCCUGGACCCCGCGGCCCUGGAGGAGAAGAGCCUGCGGUUCUCGGUGUUCGGCAUCGACGAGGACGAGCGGAACGUCAGCACGGGCGCGGUGGAGCUGAAGCUGUCGGCGCUGGACCUCCCGCUGCAGCCCUUCAGCGGCUGGCUCUACCUGCAGGACCAGAACAAGGCCGCCGACGCCGUGGGCGAGAUCCUGCUGUCCCUCAGCUACCUGCCCACAGCCGAGCGCCUCACGGUGGUGGUGGUGAAGGCCAAGAAUCUCGUCUGGACCGGCGACAAGACCACGGCGGACCCCUACGUCAAGGUGUACCUGCUGCAGGACGGGAGGAAGAUGAGCAAAAAGAGGACCGCCGUGAAGAGGGACGACCCCAACCCCGUGUUCAACGAAGCCAUGAUCUUCUCGGUGCCGGCCAUCGUGCUCCAGGACCUGUCCCUCCGCGUGACGGUGGCCGAGAGCACCAGCGACGGCCGCGGGGACAACAUCGGCCACGUCAUCAUCGGGCCCUCGGCGAGCGGCAUGGGCACCACCCACUGGAACCAGAUGCUGGCCACGCUGCGCAGGCCCGUGUCCAUGUGGCACCCCGUCCGGCGAAACUAGCAGCGGGGCGAGGCCAGCGGCAGCACCCCGCCAUCGCCCAGCUGGAGCCGUGAAGGCUGGGGUCCCCCGGGGGACUCCCCUCUCUCUAGACUGCGGUGGAGAAAGGCCCAGAGCUUCUCCCGUGAGGACCAGCUGGAGCUGGACACGGACGCCUUGUCCUCCCAUUUUGAGAUCCCCAACUGGCCUGCCCCUCGGCCUGGGACGGCCUUAGCCUCUCAGACCCCUCACCCCCCGCCCUGGCGGAGAGCCAGCGCCACGCUGGGCCACGCACUGAGCAGGGCCUGUGCCGGGGGCCGGGCACCGUGCAGGCACCAGCAGGCAUGACAGGAACGAGACGCAGACUCUGAGACGCCAGGAAGACGAGCCGCUGCCUGGUGACCGGCUCAGUGUGAACGGUGGCCCAGCCAGGCAGGGCUGGGGGCGGGGGAGUGGGGGGCGGG